GAGCAUAGUUACCAAAAGGUGUUUAGUGUAGCACAGCAUGUAUUUAGUGAAACAUGUGCCCAGUCAGCUGAGUUGGAUUUUGAAGCAGCUAUGAAGUACCCCCUCGUCCCUUUAAUCAAUGAUCUAACAUUUCCUGUCCUUUUCUUUUGGUUUUGCUUGCCUUUUGGGUUACUACUGAUCCUACUGAUUUUCUGGUUUCGGCGUCUUCUAAAUGAAGAUCAAAGACUUAUUGUUAAAAAGAUAAAGAUGCCACCCUCUGAUAAUACUGAUGGAAACGCUGACCUCCAAACUGAAAAUGAAUCCAGAGGAAGUAACAGCCAAAACGAUACUCUGAAAAGAGCCUCAAAAAGUGGCAUGAGGAUGACUCCACCUGUGAAACAAAUAGGCCCUAAACCUUCCUAUCUGAGUUCCAAGGAGGCAGUCCAGGGGAAAGGCCUAUCUGCCAUAAUUUCAGACAAAUUAGACCAGUCUAUAAAACAGUAUUGCUCUGAGAAAAAUUCUUUGUAUAACACAUUGAUGCUGCUGUGUGUUCUGCUGAUCUCUCUCCUCUUCAGCCUUCUCAGUCAGUUGCUUGAGAUCUCCAAUGUCCUGCGAAUCCAGCGUCUGCCUUCAUCACUGUUUAUCCGUAUAUAUCGAUUCUUUACCUGGCUGGGUGAAAAGCCUAUGAACAUCAUGAUUUCUCUAAAGCAAGGAAUCUCUGCUCUGUCACCUUCCAUCAUGAGAAAGAAAGAGAAAAAGGACUUCUGGGACUAAUGAUAUCAAAGGGGGGAAAUUAAAAUGCAGUGACUCCACCAAACAAAGGAAGAGUGUUGCAUUCUUGUAAUUAUCAUUCACUUGACAAUACAGUGGUACCCCGG